UGCAAUUGCAUUAUUUGAUGCUAUCAUAAUUAUGCUGCCUAAUAUUUAUUAAAUUACGAAAUUUAUGUUAUAAAAUAUUGUUCAAAAGCUAAUAUAUGUUUAAUAUUUUUAUUUAAAAUUUAUAGGAAUAAAGAAAUUAUGUAUUUAUUAUUGAAACUUAAUAAUUGUUAGGUUAUGUCCAUCAUGUUAAACAGCAUUUCAUUAUUGAACAUUACAAUGUUAAAAAAACAAAUAUAUUUUCAAUCAAGGGAAAAGAUUACAUUGGAGUAGUGGGGGAUGUCACGUGGUAUUUUAUGACAGCAAUAUCAUGGCGGUCAGUUUAGGCUAGUCAAUAGUGAUCAGUAUUCGUCAGAAAAUUUAAUUGUGCUAACAUUUUAACAUUAUUUAGUGAAAUAAAUCAACUGUUUACUUAUAAAUACGUUCCGACUUGAUGUUCUAGUGCAAUUAUAGAAUAAAAGACUUGAACUUAAAUGGAAUUAAGGAAGAUUGAAUUGAAUUCGUAUAAUGUAAAUUCAAUGAAGAACGAAAUUACAUAAACUCGUUCUAAGUCUGUGACGAUAACUGAUAUAUUUGCUAGCAAAGAGUAUGGAAUAAAUAAAAAUGUUUGUAAAAGACCCCUGUGGGAUUGUGUGUAUCAUAAUUACAUAUGUUGCUGUCUUCUAUGCAGAUUACGUCGUCGUAUGUUGGGUUAUCCUGCAAAAUUUGCAAAACAGUUUUUGGGGUCCCUUUCAUAUUGUGGCUUUCAACGCUAUUAUAUUAUUAUUGUUAGCAUCACAUUCGAAAGCAGUCUGCAGUGAUCCUGGUGUUGUGCCACUACUUCAAAGUCGUAUGGACUUUUCUGAUAUUCAUACAGAUAAUCCAGAAACAAAAAUUGAAUGUGAUGAGAGAGACAGUUGGACUGUUUGUACUAGAUGCGAAACAUAUAGACCUCCCAAAGCAUGUCAUUGUAGAAUUUGUAAACGAUGUGUUAGGCGAAUGGAUCAUCAUUGUCCAUGGAUAAACAACUGUGUCGGAGAACAAAAUCAAAAGUACUUUAUUCAAUUUCUGGUCUAUGUUGGAAUAUUGGCCUUCUAUGCACUAGGCUUGGUGACAACCUCAUGGAUUUUAGAAUGUUCUCUGUGCAAUAAUGACAUAGCCAUCAAACAGGGUCGCAUCUUACACUCUCUUAUAUUGGUAUUGGAAUCAGUACUGUUUGGCAUGUUUGUCAUCGCAAUGCUGGUAGACCAAUUUCAAGGUAUCCUCGGAGAAGAAAACAUAAUGGAACAUAUGCAGAAUAAUCAUCAUUAUAAAAGAAACAGUUCACGUACUCUGGUUUUACUUUCUCAGGUUUGUGGCAAGAGCCAUCCAAUUCUAUGGAUGUUUCCUUGCCAAAACCCGCCACGUUAUAGUUUCCGAAAAGAUGCGUACCUGAUAGAUCAUGAAGUUUAGAUGAAUACUUAAUCACAUAUUGAGACGUAAAUGCUCUUUUAUGGCUUUGCUUGCCAUAAAUACUUUUCUAUAUGUUUAAGAAAGUCUCCAUUAUUUAAAUGCAAUUUGCGAAAAAAUAAGAUAUUAUGCAUUACAAAAUUUAGGAGAAGGAAAAGGAAGACUUUCACAUAUUAUAUUUGUCUACUUCAAA